AUGGACGACUCCAAUGAUGAAAUUCCACCAAAAAAAAGCAUCCAAAAAACCGAUCAAAUAACAAACAAAAAGCUCAAAAAAAAAAGAACCUAUACUUCUCUGAAACAUGACGCUCAAAAAAAAAAAAACCUAUAUACUUCUCUAAAAUGUGAUGAUAAUAAGGAAAAAACCAAAUUGGACGACACUAUCGGCAAAGAAAAAGUACCAGAAUGGACAACUCCAAUAACAAAAUUCCACCAAGAAAAAGCACCUAAAAAACCGAUCAAGUAA